GUUGGGCGCUUCGCCAAUCAAACAUGGACACCAAUGAAGGUCGAUGUGAUCUACAUUAUUCGGAUUGCACGCCGCUCACAUUGAACCUGAUUGUAGAAUAUGUCUGGCGCGUAAUAGUGCACAGUCCACGUACAUCAGCUGAGAGCGACGAGGCGUCCAAAAAUAGCAGUGAAGCAGGAUAUCGAGUUUGAGGAGCAGAAUACUGAGGAUGUCUUCAAGCUUUACGACAACCAAUUUUUCGAAGUGGAUUACUCGAGGGGAGGAGGUUCAAAGCAGUGCGGCAGUAUUCCUGUGCCUGGCAUGGAGAUACGGGAAUUGCAGGAGUACGUUACCAAGUGCUGUGGUGACCUCUACAGUGAGUUCAGUGAUUUCAAGAGAUCUAUAUCCAGUCAGCUUCUCAGUCUGCAGGAAGAAGUCCUAGCAUUAUCCUUUCACAACAGUAGCAGGAACGAUGGAGUGUUUCCGGAGUCGGUGAACGAAUCUCCACCGCAUUAUAGGCUAGAAACUAGUGAAGGUAGGGCAGAUGAUUAUCCUCCAUGGAGCAGCCAUGUUCAAGCGGAGGACUACGAUGAAUACGAGAAGCAGGCCGAGCGGUUCCAACACGAAGUGAGUCAACAUCGUUGCCCAGAAGGCAGAAGCCCACGACCUGACCAGCAAAGCCCAAGACAAGUUGAAGACCUACUGUGUUCGCAUCGCCCUCCGAACGAUGAUGAAGAAGAGGAGCGGCUUAUCACACUCGUACCAGCUAAUGUUUGGUCUGAUUAUGCAACGAACGUUUCAGAGCCACCGAUCCGUGGAGUGUGCGCCCAAGCAGUUACUCAGUAUAGAAAAGCUAUCAAAAGGAAUCAGGAUUCAAUUUAUCUUUCUCGUAAUCUGCAUGGAUUCCACUCUUCAAACAGCGCACAUGGUGCCCAUAAAAGCUGUAGUCCGAGAGAUGGGAUGAGGUCAGGAGGGUCUCCGAAGAAGAAUGAGUAUUCGUCCACUUCCGCAUCUGUGCGGCGGGAAGAAUCAUACGCACAAACGAAAGAGUAUGAUACGGAGAAAAUUGAACCAGCUGAAGGGAUAGUCUCCGAGUGCAAUAGUCGUAAGAUCAACAAUUUAGACGAGAUUCAAAUAAAAGCAGAUGCUGGUAGAGGUCGUUUUGCGCUGAAAGGUUGGGCAGCAUCGUUUCUUCAGCAGCCCUCAACCAGGCAGGUGCCAAAAGCAGUGAACAAACAAUACAUACAGCAAGAGAUCAACAAAUUCAAGGACGAGAGAAGGCCCUCCGAUGAUGCGUCCUCCGAAGACAUGCGAGGCAGUCAGCUACGAGCGGAGCGUUUAAUUGUGCAGCGACCUGCAGAAAUUGAGAUUGUAAGCAAGAGACAUGGUGCGUCUCCUGCUCAAGGUAACCUCAGUCGAAGCAAUCCUGAAGAGACGAGGCAGAACAAAACUUCUAUAAAACCCACAGCUGACCUAAACGAACAUAAGCAGCCCAAAGUUUCCAGUCAGGAGAAAGCUGACCCCCAAUUUCCAGGGAAAAAAAGCAGAGGAGGUAUAGCUUGGGACGUAGAUGAGCUUGCCGCAGGAGGACGGUGACUGAAGAGAUUUUACAUGUUUUUGAAUCAAAAUAUGUAGACUAUCUGCUGAAACAUCAUGCCAAAAGGACAUUUACUGAAAAUGCUGGUCAAGUACAGAUGGCCGAAAGCGUGGAUACACUGCUGCAUCGCAGAUCGUCACAUCGAACCAGCUUUCAUGAAAUUGGUAGCAUAUCAUUAUGGUAUGCAAGUUGACGAGUA